AUGCCCACACCGCCCACCAGAGCCGGAGCCAACCUCGUCUCCCGCUCCGUAGCAUCCUGCUUCCUCUUCAAGUUCCCCCCCUCCUCCAAACCCCUUGUCGCGCUCUUCCGACGCAGCGACAAAGUCAGCACCUACCGCCACUGCCUAGCGCCCAUCUCCGGCAGCGUCGAAGCCACCGACGCGAACCCCACCGCCACCGUAUGGCGCGAGCUCAACGAGGAGACCACCCUGACGCCCGCCCACAUCGACCUCUUCCGCAAGGGGAAGCCCUACUCCUUCGCGGACGAGUCGGUCGGCCGCAUAUGGACCGUCCACCCUUUCGCGUUUCGCCUCAAGUCCGAGCAGGAUGAGGCCCGGAUCCAGCUCGAUUGGGAGCAUGAAGGGUGGGAGUGGCGCGACCCGUUCGAGGUGACCGAUGAGGAAGGGUUCGGCGGGGUUCCGUUCCUCGCGAAGAGCUUGCGGAGGGUCUGGUUCGAGAUGGAGCUGGGAGAGGAACGGGGGAGGAUUCUGAGGGAGGGGCUGCUGGUCUUGCAGAAGGAUCAUGAGAGCGGGGCGAGACAGCUGGCCGGGAAGGCUCUCGAUGUCUUCCGGCAGUUGGUAUCUCUGGGCGAGGGCGAGGAUGUUGGGACGUGGUGGUACAACGUGCGGUUCUCGGCCUGGCAUCUCUGGAAGAACGGGCGGGAGAGCAUGGGUGCCGCAAUUCUGAGCGUGCUGGUCCGAUCGCUUGCCAUCAUUGAGCAGGAGGUCCGGCCUUCUGCUGCCGCCGGCGCCAUGUCGAAGGAUACCCUGGAGAAUGUGUCUCGACGCCUAGCCGAGUACGCAAACGAGCGGACGAAAACCAUCGACGGCGUGUGGAGGACCUUUUCCUCGUUUCUCCAGCGUAUGGGUCAAGGUGACAAUUCCACAUCCAACCCCAUCCGCAUCCUCACGCUUUCGUCUUCUUCGACGAUUCUGGAAUGUCUGCGCAGAGCCUCCGCCGAGGCGACGUGGAACCUCGACGUCCGGAUCCUGGAAUCCCGCCCGCGGUUCGAGGGCAUCUCUAUGGCUUCCAAACUCGCCAGCGGGGUCCGCGAAGUGCCAUCAUCCGACGAACGAUCCCGGGCCGGAAGACCUCCUCUCCAGCUCACCCUCUAUUCGGACGCCGCGGCCGCCGUGGCGGGCAGGGACGUCGACGUCGUGCUCCUGGGCGCAGACCUGAUCGACGCCCAAGGCGCCGUGAGCAACAAGAUGGGAUCCCUCCCCGCCGUCCUGAGUGCGCGGCACGUUUCUCCCGCGGCCCGGGUGGUCGUGCUGGCCGAGCAGGAGAAGAUCCUCCCGCUACCCGUGCCCGAGCAAGACGAGCAGAAUGAUUUUGGCGAGCUCAUCAAGGCUUGGUCCAGCGAGGAGAGCCUUCAGGUAGAGGUCAAGAAUCCAUACUUUGAGUGGGUGCCUCCAGAUUUGAUCGACUUGUAUUUGUUUGAGGAUGGAGAGAAGACUCCGGCCAUGGUGGCGGCCCAGACGGAGAAGCUAAGUGAGCAGACGGACCGGCUUUUUGCUGAAGAGUAG